AGAACAUCUUUUUCGAACCUCAAAUCUAGGGAUUGAAAAUCUCAAUUAGCGCAUUUUAGUCUCAUACGUCCAGAUCCCAUCUAACCUGCGCCCGUACGUCCCAUUCUGCACUUUUGUAACCCUCGUGGACUUAUCCUACACCACACCCUGCUAUCCAUUCACACUCCCAAAGCUCACUCACAAACAGCAAGCACUUCCCAUUCCCCAAUUUCUGCAAAAAAAUGGCAUCGCUAACCCCAAAUCCAAUCCAAUUCCAGUUCAGAAACCCUAAAGCCCCAUUCCGGAGAUCCAACCCUCCAUACGUCGUCGUAUUCUCCAACCUCGCCUCCUCGCCGGACGAUUCCUCCAAACCCGCGCUUCGCAUUUCCGCCGAUUCCGCCCCCAAAGCCCGAUUUAUCGCGCGAAGAACUGAAUCCGUCUUCGUGCGUCAGCUCCAGCGCCCGCUCACUGAGUACAUGAGCUUGCCGGCGAGUCAGUACUCGGUGUUGGAUGCGGAGAGGAUAGAGCGAGUGGACGACAACACGUUCAGGUGUUAUGUGUAUAGAUUCAAGUUUUUCGCCUUCGAAGUUUGCCCCGUGUUGCUGGUCAGAGUGGAGGAGCAGCCUAAUGGUUGCUGCAUUAAUCUCUUGUCUUGUAAGCUUGAGGGUUCGCCCAUUGUCGUUGCACAGAAUGACAAAUUUGAUGCUUCAAUGGAGAAUAAGAUAUCUUGUGAUAGCCCAAGAAGUGAUUCACCAGUUCAGAAGUUGACUUCCGAUGCAGUCAUUGAGGUUAGCAUUGAUAUUCCUUUUGCAUUUCGUGCAAUUCCAACACAAUCCAUUGAGUCGACUGGCUCCCAAGUUCUGGGACAGAUACUGAAGGCUAUGCUUCCACGAUUUAUGUCACAGUUAGUGAAGGAUUAUCAAGCUUGGGCUUCUGGAGAUACCUCCAGGCAGCCUCUUGGGACGGGUGAGAUCUAAAAUUAAGCGAUCUACUUCAUGCUAGCUAUUUGUAGUACCUCUAUUAUGGUGUAAAUCUUUAAGUUAAACUAGGAAAAUGAAUGAUUCAAAGCUGCAUAAAUUGUGUAACUAAUGGUUCCUCUUUGUAUGUCAAAUUCAAACGAAUCACGGUUAAACCACUUCUUUAUUUCACUAUUA